AUGGCUAGUAAUGCUGUGCCCGACAACAGUCGUAGCUACCAAUAUUGUUGUCAGGCAGAUCGCGGUCUUGCUGGCGGUGCUAACACAUGGGGGUUUAUUAGAGGGACACCAGGUCUCGAGAGUACAAAAGCGAAUUUGAUGAAGAGGAAGAAGGAGGGACAGAAGAAAGUGAAGAGCCACUGGGUAUUUAUGCUGAUCAAUGGCGAGUUUACGGAUGAGCAGUGGAUGACCUCUCAUUGGCAGGUUUGGAGGCCUUUGCAGAUGUUCGUGAGGGGCAACGUCAUAUGA